GCACAUGUCAUCGGAUCAGGUUCACUGGAGAGCGAUCCCCCGGGACUUUGGGACUCCUGAAAGCUGUUGAGCGGAGUAAAGUAUGGAAAAUGAUCUAAUUUCCGCAGUCCGACUUCAAUUGUUUCAUUUUAACGAGCAGAUAGAGAGAGAGAGAAAGAAUAGCUUCAUGAUGCAGCGAUGGGGGGUUAAGGUGGCUCUUGGGUUGAUGGCGAUGUGCUUGGCUGGAUACAUUUUAGGCCCGCCGUUGUACUGGCACCUCAUUGAAGGAUUUGCGGCGGCGGUCACCCGUUCUUCUUCGCCUUACUCUUCUUCAUGCCCUCCUUGCAACUGCGACUGCGAUUCUCACCCACUCCUCUCCAUUCCUCGAGGUUCAAUGAUCCGCCCCUACCGAAAGAAGAGAAGCCAACACAUUUCCAGCCCCAUUAGGAAGUUUGGAUUGAGCAAUGCCUCUUUUACAGAAUGUGCAAAACAUGAUCCAGAAGUGGGGGAGGACACGGAAAAGAACCUCGAAGAAUUAUUAUCCGAGGAACUGAAACUGAGAGGCAUUGAAGGUGUGGAAAAUCAGAGACGUGCCGACACAGCACUGCUAGAGGCAAAAAAGCUAACAUCUCAGUAUAUGAAGGAAGCAGACAAGUGCAAUUCCGGGAUGGAGACUUGUGAAGCGGCGAGAGAAAAAGCAGAUGCGGCUUUAGUGGCACAGAAGAGAUUGAGUGCGACAUGGGAAACACGAGCUCACGAAAUGGGAUGGAAGGACACGUUUGGCAAGUCUCAUUCUCAAUCUCAGGGAGGCUUGGAUACCAUGUGAAGUUUUGUUUCGCAUGCUCUCGUUAGUGUCACUCCUGAUUAACUAGUUGUAAGCUUUUUUGUAUACAAAUUACUUAAUUGGUUAAGAGAUGCUGACAGAUAAUCAGAAUGAGUAACACAGAGAAAUCGCGCUCCAAGGUUGAAGGCCUGAUAACUAUUAUCUUCAUUUGGAGAUCAUUUGCUCUUUGUAAUGCUGAAAGUCAACCUUUUAUGGUCAGGCUUCAACACAAGGUUGGUGCAAGCCGCCAAGCCGGCUGCCUAAGAACUACUGAUAGAAUUGUUGCUACCUGCAUAGUUCACGAAUGAGUAGUUCAAUGGACCGAUAUACAAAUUAUGUACCUGUGUGUGAGCUUGUUUUAUAAUGACUUUUGAUUGAUUUAUUUUCAUAUACAUUUCUAAAUUUGUAGGGAAUUUUCUUAUUGUAGUUGUGUUGGAAAUUUCGUUGAGGCUCUUUAUAAUUGCUGGUGUGGUAAGUUGGUAACUCAACUUUUUCGUUGGUAAUAUCGCAUGUUGAAUUGUG